UUUCCUUUGCCCGGAGCGAGGUUUGAGCGCUCCGAGCACCAGCACGGGCUGAUCCUCUGCACACAGAGCUGAGCAGCGUCUGCCCCCAGGGAAAGGAGCUAUUCCAGACCCAGCUCAAGGAAUCAUCUCACAUGUUUCAACAACCCCAAGCGUUUCUCUGUUUGUUUCAAAGCUAUCACGGGGGUUCUGUUUCAUUUGCAGCGGGGAGACUAAAUGACAGCAAGCAGAGUCUGCUGUUAGGUUAGAUUACAAGGACACUCUCUGGGACACACAAGGCCAUGCAGGCGACACCCCUGGUGUGUUAUUAUUUCCUGCUCGUCUCUCUGUGCGUUGAUGUUUGUGCCAGUGGAGCCGGUGCCCUUCCCAGCAGGCAGGGGAGGAGGAUGCGCCUGGCAAGGGGAUCCCCAAUAGGGCAGAGGUUCCCGAGGCAGCCAAGGAUGGAGCUCCCAGACCCUGCUGUGCCCGGGAUACCCCUCAUCAACAUCGACGACAGCGUGAUGGGAGUGUUCGACUCUCUCGUGGGUCUGGGGGAACACGAGUCCAGCUACAGCGUCCUGCCAGGGAGGAAGGGGCAGUGCACGGCCAACGGGAUGAUCAUGUUCGACAAGGCCGUCUGGUCGCCCAAGCCCUGCGUCACCUGCCUGUGCUCCAAGGGAGAGGUGAUCUGUGACACAGCCCUGUGCCACCCCUUGAAAUGCCCCCACACCAUCAUACCCCAAGGGGAAUGCUGCCCAGUUUGCUCUGAGACUGGUUCCUCUUUGGAUUCAAGUAUUGUUUCACUGGAUGACAUCAGUGAGUUGUCUGGUGACUCUCCAGAACCCACUGACCUUGAUACCAGUAGCGUUUUGCCAUCAGCACAAACUCAAACUGGAAAGGAUGAACUGCUUCCAACAGAAGUGACAGAGAUUAAAGAGGGUCAUAGAAAAGGUGAAAAGAAAAGAAAAAGGAAAGGCAAAAGAAAUCGCCAGAAGCACAGAGGCCAUCGCAGAGGAAAGAAGCCCAGCACAAGAACAGGAGCUGCAGAAGAAGAACUGCAUCAUGAAAGCAAUGAAGAUGAUGGUUCUUUCCCAAUUCCAGCUCAUUUCCCAAUUCCUGUUCCACCCGUGGAAGCUCCUCCUUUGCCAUCUGGAUGUUCCACCUCGGACACCACAGUAAGCUGCACUAAUGCCAAACUCACACAAAUACCACCAAUCUCAGAUCCAGAUCUAACAAGUUUAGACCUCACAGGAAACAGCAUCACCACUAUCUCAGACGAAGCAUUCAACGGGGUGCCUAACUUGGAAUGGAUUGAUCUGAGUAAAAAUAACAUUACCUCCCCUGGCAUAGGUCCAAAAGCAUUCAAAAUCCUGAAAAAGCUAAAACGUUUGUAUUUGGAUGGAAAUCUGCUGGUCCAUAUUCCCUCUGAACUGCCAUCAACUUUGGAAGAAAUCAAAAUAAAUGACAACCACCUUCAUGCCAUUGAUGAAGAUGGCUUAAAAGGUUUAAAGAACUUGGUCACUCUGGAAUUAGAAGGAAAUAAACUUAGUGAAGCAAAUGUCAGUCCUUUGGCCUUUUAUCCUUUGAAAAGUCUUUGUUACCUGCGACUGGGAAGAAAUAAAUUUAGGAUUAUCCCACAAGGUCUUCCUGCCACUCUCGAGGAGUUGUAUCUCGAAAAUAAUCAAAUUGAAGAAGUGUCAGAAAUUUGCUUUAACCACACGAGAAACAUCAACGUCAUUGGGCUAAAGCACAACCAACUAGAAGAGCACAGGAUAGCACCUUUGGCCUGGAUAAACCAAGAGAACUUGGAAUCAAUCGAUCUCUCUUACAAUAAACUCUAUCACGUUCCCUCCUACCUGCCAAAAUCUUUGCUACACCUGGUACUUAUAGGAAACCAGAUUGAAAGAAUCCCAGGUUAUGUGUUUGGCCACAUGAAGCCGGGGCUGGAGUAUCUCUAUCUGUCCUUUAACAAACUCACCGAUGAUGGCAUUGACCCGGUGUCAUUUUUCGGAGCUUAUCACUCCCUGAGGGAGCUGUUCUUGGAUCACAAUGAACUUAAGGCUGUGCCCUUUGGAAUUGAUGAAAUGAGAAAGCUGCGUUUCCUGAGACUGAACAACAAUAAAAUAAGGACGGUGCCCCCCGAGCGCAUCUGCAGGACUCGCAUCAGCCACAGCGACAGCGAGGAGGAGGAGGAGGAGGACAGUGAAGAUUCACGUUUGGAACAUGUCCACCUCGAAAACAACUACAUCAAUACAAGAAAGCUCUCCCCACACUCAUUUUCAUGCAUAAGAUCCUAUUGCAGUGUUGUCCUCAAGCCACAGAAGAACAAAUAACACCCCCCCCCCUCCCAGUUCUGCACUGCGACCCCCCCAUCUCCAGAAACACGGCUUUAUUUAUUCUCUGCCACUCACAGGUCUGCUUAGUGCUACUACUAUAAAUAAGGUGCUGUGUAUUAUAUACUGGAGCAAAGUAGUAGUGUUUUUUUUUUUUCUUCAUAUUGUUUCAUUAUAAAAACAUUAAAUGUAAAAAAAAUGGAGGCUUAAAGUUAUGUCAUCAAUUUUUGUUUCUAUUAAAACUUUCCCAUUUAAACCCCAGCGGGUCAAACUGUGCCCCCAGGAAUGCCCUCCACAAGAUUAGAUUUUAGAAAAGAGGAAUAUAACUAUAAAUCCUCAAGCUGAUUAACCAAAUUCAAGACAUUUUAAACAUCAGCUUUAAAAAUGAUAGCGAUAAAAGUCCUUGAGCUACAAAAAUUCUAGCAAUGCAAGGAGGGAAUUUCUUAAGACACACACAGCUACUGGACUUCCUACCAAACAUUUUGCAGGGAUAAGUUCUCUUCCAACUGAAAUUUCAAGGCAAAAAAAAAAAAAGUUAAAUUAUUUGUUUUAGAUGACCCUGAAAACUUCCUGUAUUCAAACACAGAUUCUGAUGACUUACAGGAAUGAGUAAUUAAUUUCUAUGAGGAUUUUUAAAAAAUUUAAACUAAGCAUAUAUUAUUUUUUUAAUUAUUUUUCAACUCACAGUGAUAAGUCCCAUCCAUUUGUGCCAUAGUUGGUUUGUUAGAUUUUUAUACUGUAUAGGAUUAGGACUAACUAGACUUUCUCAAAACCUUAAAAUAUCCAGUUAGUAGUUAAUUGAACGCUUCUAGACAGUCAUAAAUCACCACUAAGAGACAUUGUUGAUAAAGGAGGUUCAGAAACACAUUCAAUAUGAAUUUCUUUUUAGAUAUAAAAAGCAAGUGUUUACAAACACAUCUAUUUCCCUAGAAAAGAGUUCUGGUUCUUGAAAAUGUUUUUAAUGUCUCGGUUCAUAGAAAAGAACCUUUUGUAAUAUCCCACUCCAGAAUUUAAUAUUAUAUUCUUUCUCUGAAGUAGUCAAAAUUUUUAUAAGAAGUAGAUGAUAUUUUUAUUUUAAAGAAAAAUAUCAAUAAAAAUUUAAAGUAAUUCUACCAUUUUUUGUAUUUCUUGGAUUCUGAGCCCUUCCUCAUAAGAGCAGGUUGGUGGUAGGAAACAGGGACAGAUGACUGGCCAGUUAUUAUUUUUUUACAUAAUUACUUUCCACUUUCUCUGGGCUGUUCUGUGAGGAAUUAAAAAAAACCCCAAAGCACUCUGUGUUCUUCCCUCCUGUAGGUGUGCACUCUAACCAUUUCCUCCUCAGAGCAGAUCAGGACAGUGGAUGAAAUGCCUUAAUGCAGGGACUGAUUUUCUUAAAAGCACAUAAAAACUGGAGGUGGCUGCACAUUGUAAACCCUUCAAAGGGCACACUUUGACCACUGAACUGCAAUUUUACUGCCCUCACUCUGGAAGGGAAGGUUUCCCUGUGCAUUCCCCACACAUCCCAGCAGCUGCUGCCACGGACACACCGUGUGAGCAGCCGAGCAUCCCGAGCAGACACAUUUAACAGGGAAGGGCCUCCAAAUGGUCCUUUUAGAAUGCUGUGGACAGCACAUAUGAAAACCUGAGUCUUGUUUGCUCUGAAGCUUCACAUUCAUGAUUAGACAAAACCAAAAUCACGCUCUUGUAUCUCCAAAGCUCUCUCUUACUCAAACAGACCAUGACCUGAAGUGGGGCUUGAUCUGCACUCAGUCAGAACCUAACAUAUUUCUUGUAAGAAACAAUUCUAAGGUAUAUGGAUUUCUGAAAAUGAUUGCUUUGCAUAUUUUUCCUGAUAAGCUACAGUCAGAAGUCCUGCCUUAGUGAUCAGCUAAGUUUGGGAAAGAAUGGUGGCACCAACAGGCUGAGUUUUUACACACCACGUCCUGGUUUAGGUGGUUUGUUUUAAUUUCUUGCGCACUUUCAACAUUUGAUUCCUCAAUUCCCCUUCACUUUGGUUAAUACUCCUUUGUCUUUGUAGAACACCUUUUAAGUUCCCAAACUACUGCUCUGAGAGGCUGAGAACCCUAAAUUAUUAAAAGGAAUAAUUUUAGACUAUUUCUUAACAGCUUCAGAUUUCCUUUGCAGCACUGCUGAGCGGUGCUCUCAGAAGCCUCACUAAGCAUUUUGAAUACACAGAUGGACCCAAGGAGGGAUUUCCAAGUAAAAACCUGUUGUAUUACAAUAUUUGAUGUAGUCUUAUAAUAAAUGUAAUAAACCACC